UGUAGUAAUGUGAUUAUAUAAAACACUAGCUAUUCCUGUCGAUCCUGGAGAUCACAAAUGACUGUGUUUUUUUACACAGUCGGCCCAAUUCUGAUCUUUUAUUUAUUCAUUGGGUCUUUUGACCAAUCAGAUCAGCUCUGGGAAAAAAAGAGCUCAUCUGAAAGGAUCUGAUGUGAUUGGUUAAAAAAAUUUUUUUUGUCAAUUAAAUAAUAUAAAAUCAAGUCAAAUCAAAUUGUAUUUGUCACAUGCGCCGAAUACAACAGCUGUAGACCUUACAGUGAAAUGCCGAAUACAACAGCUGUAGACCUUACAGUGAAAUGCUUACUUACAAGCCCUUAACCAACAAUGCAGUUUUAACAAAAAUACCUAAAAAAAAAAAAAAAAAAUGAAAGUAACAAGUAAUUAAAGAACAGCAGUAAAUAACAAUAGCGAGGCUAAAUACAGGGGGUACCGGUACAGAGUCAAUGUGGAGGCUAUAUACAGGGCGUACCAGUACAGAGUCAAUGUGGAGGCUAUAUACAGGGGGUACCAGUACAGAGUCAAUGUGGAGGCUAUAUACAGGGGGUACCAGUACAGAGUCAAUGUGGAGGCUAUAUACAGGGGGUACUGGUACAGAGUCAAUGUGGAGGCUAUAUACAGGGCGUACCAGUACAGAGUCAACGUGGAGGCUAAAUACAGGGGGUACCGGUACAGAGUCAAUGUGGAGGCUAUAUACAGGGGGUACCGGUACAGAGUCAAUGUGGAGGCUAUAUACAGGGGGUACCAGUACAGAGUCAAUGUGGAGGCUAUAUACAGGGGGUACCGGUACAGAGUCAAUGUGGAGGCUAUAUACAGGGGGUACCGGUACAGAGUCAAUGUGGAGGCUAUAUACAGGGGGUACCGGUACAGAGUCAAUGUGGAGGCUAUAUACAGGGGGUACCGGUACAGAGUCAAUGUGGAGGCUACAUACAGGGGGUACUGGUACAGAGUCAAUGUGGAGGCUAAAUACAGGGUAUUACGGUACAGAGUCAAUGUGGAGGCUAUAUACAGGGGUACCGGUACAGAGUCAAUGUGGAGGCUAUAUACAGGGUAUUACGGUACAGAGUCAAUGUGGAGGCUAAAUACAGGGUAUUACGGUACAGAGUCAAUGUGGAGGCUAUAUACAGGGGGUACCAGUACAGAGUCAAUGUGGAGGCUAUAUACAGGGGGUACCGGUACAGAGUCAAUGUGGUGGCUAUAUACAGGGGGUACCGGUACAGAGUCAAUGUGGAGGCUAUAUACAGGGUAUUACGGUACAGAGUCAAUGUGGAGACUAUAUACAGGGUAUUACGGUACAGAGUCAAUGUGGAGGCUAUAUACAGGGGGUACCAGUACAGAGUCAAUGUGGAGGCUAUAUACAGGGGGUACCGGUACAGAGUCAAUGUGGAGGCUAUAUACAGGGGGUACCGGUACAGAGUCAAUGUGGAGGCUAUAUACAGGGGGUACCGGUACAGAGUCAAUGUGGAGGCUAUAUACAGGGGGUACUGGUACAGAGUCAAUGUGGAGGCUAAAUACAGGGUAUUACGGUACAGAGUCAAUGUGGAGGCUAUAUACAGGGGGUACCAGUACAGAGUCAAUGUGGAGGCUAUAUACAGGGGGUACCGGUACAGAGUCAAUGUGGAGGCUAUAUACAGGGGGUACCGGUACAGAGUCAAUGUGGAGGCUAUAUACAGGGGGUACCGGUACAGAGUCAGUGUGGAGGCUAUAUACAGGGGGUACCAGUACAGAGUCAAUGUGGAGGCUAUAUACAGGGUGUACCAGUACAGAGUCAAUGUGGAGGCUAUAUACAGGGGGUACCAGUACAGAGUCAAUGUGGAGGCUAUAUACAGGGGUACCAGUACAGAGUCAAUGUGGAGGCUAUAUACAGGGGGUACUGGUACAGAGUCAAUGUGGAGGCUAUAUACAGGGCGUACCAGUACAGAGUCAAUGUGGAGGCUAAAUACAGGGGGUACCGGUACAGAGUCAAUGUGGAGGCUAUAUACAGGGGGUACCGGUACAGAGUCAAUGUGGAGGCUAUAUACAGGGGGUACCAGUACAGAGUCAAUGUGGAGGCUAUAUACAGGGUAUUACGGUACAGAGUCAAUGUGGAGGCUAAAUACAGGGUAGUACGGUACAGAGUCAAUGUGGAGGCUAUAUACAGGGGGUACCAGUAAAGAGUCAAUGUGGAGGCUAUAUACAGGGGGUACCGGUACAGAGUCAAUGUGGAGGCUAUAUACAGGGUAUUACGGUACAGAGUCAAUGUGGAGGCUAUAUACAGGGGGUACCAGUACAGAGUCAAUGUGGAGGCUAUAUACAGGGGGUACCAGUAAAGAGUCAAUGUGGAGGCUAUAUACAGGGGGUACCGGUACAGAGUCAAUGUGGAGGCUAUAUACAGGGUAUUACGGUACAGAGUCAAUGUGGAGGCUAAAUACAGGGUAUUACGGUACAGAGUCAAUGUGGAGGCUAUA